GUGGUUUUGUCCUUUGCCAUGUUCUCCUGAGUUGGUGCUCGGUCGGACUGUUGGGAUUCAUCCAACGCCACAAGGUUGCUUGAUCGUCAUGUCGGUUUUGUUCACUUCCAUCUCGCCAGACAACCCGGUCACCAGGGAGGAUGCGGGGUCUCUUCUGCAAAAUCUAGGACUUUCCGUGGAUCAGGAACACGAAGAAGACUACCAUACCCUUCUCGCCGCCGUCCACGAUUGCGCUGAAACCGUUGCGAACCUCCCCGAUUACCAGCCGGUCCCGGAUCUAGAUCGAUACCCCCGACAAGAUGUCCGUCGUCCAUCACCAGAAGAGCAGGUCUUUGGGCAAGCCUGGGCUCAUAAAUUUCUGAUCAAGGGCAACCCGGAGGGAGGACUACUAGCAGGGAAGACAAUUAGCGUGAAGGACUGCAUUGCUGUCGCAGGGGUGCCACAGUUACUGGGAAGUGAUAUCAUCCCCUCCUGGACUCCAAUCACAGAUGCGACGGUUAUCACGCGGGUCCUCGAUGCUGGUGCUGAUAUUCACGGUACCUCGACUUGCGAGAACUACUGCCAUUCCACCGCGUCCUUCACAAGUGCGCAGGGUACGGUAGAGAACCCUUUUGCAGCCGGGUACUCGGCCGGCGGGAGCACCUCAGGAGGGGCAGCUUUGGUCGCAGCUGGUCUAGUUGACAUUACGCUUGGUGGAGACCAGGGUGGGAGUAUCCGGGUUCCCGCCGCAUUAUGUGGCUGUGUUGGGUUGAAACCGACUUAUGGCUUGGUGCCGUUCACCGGUAUCGCCAGCGGCGAUGCCAUUGACGACCACACGGGACCGCUUGCUCGCAGCGUUAUUGACAUUGCGUCCUGCCUGGACGCUAUCGCCGGUUACGAUGGGAUAGACGAUAGGUGCUUGGGCAGCCCCAAGCAUGGAUCUACCUCGUUUGCCAAAUCGCUCCAAACGGAUCCCUCAAGUCUCAAUGGCUUCAGAGUAGGAGUACUCAAAGAAGGCUUCGAGCACGCCUCGGUUGACCCAGCAGUCAAAGACUCCGUCAUGGCAGCUGCCCAGAAAUUCGCCGAUCUCGGUGCAACAGUCGAAGAGAUAUCUCUUCCCGACCAUUACCACGGGCCCGCUAUCUGGACCAUCCAGUCGCGCGUCUCAGGUUCCUUAACACUGCUUGGCCAAGCCCAUGGGAGACGAGGUCUCUACAUGACCGAGAUGGAGCGUGAGCGACUUCCAUGGACGAAAGAAGGCUUCCAACGAGCCUUCCCCUCCACCAAAAACGUCAUAAUCAACGGCCUCUAUCUCACCUCGCGCUUUCCCGACUUAUACGGUAAAACCGUUAAUAUCGGUCGCAGGCUCCGGGACCAGUACGAGGAGAUCUUCCAGAAAUAUGACGUUGUCGUUAUGCCAACCACUCCGGUUGUUGCGCCCAAACACGGCGCGCGAGGCCUACCCCUAGAGUCUCUGAAGCCUAGCAUGGGUCUUACGAUCAACACAGCCAUCUUUGAUGUUACGGGCCAUCCGGCAAUGUCUAUCCCGGUGGGCUUCGCGCCGGCCAAGGACAAUGCUGAUGUCACACUCCCCGUCGGUAUGCAGAUUGUCGGAGGAUUGUGGCAGGAGUCGAAGAUACUCCAAGCGGGAUAUGCAUGGGAGACGAACUAUGAUUGGAAGAAUGGAGCGGAUCGCCGAUAGAGCAUAUUCUAGAG